UGUGUGCACUGCUGGUAUAAGUUUACAUUGAAAACAAGAUUGGAGCGAGAAGGUUGUAGUAGUGUGCGGAGAAGGCUGGGGUUGUUGUCCAAGGUAUUCGUUGUCCAAAAGUUGGCUUGGUCUUGAGGUUGCUAUUAUCUUAGGCUAUAUUAUUACUCAAGAUUUGGAAAUUGUACUACAGAUUCUGGGAGCAAACAUGUGUUUGUAAGCAAGGAUUUAUUGAAUUCUACGGAAAACUUGUGGAUGUUUUAAGUCUUUAGGCCUGGCUUGCCACACUGCACCAAACAAAAUGUUUCAAAACAUUGUCGCCUGUGACUUGCUUUUGCUGAUUCUUUCGAGUUUAGGCUUUGCGGCAACAUCAAUCCAGCCAUCAAGUAUACGACCUCAAUCAACCUACUUGCCCGCUGACCUGGUGUCCGAUACAAACUCGUCGUACUUUAUACAAGCUCGAAAAAUAAAUGCCGAGGAAAUCUUACUUCACAAGAAUAUCACCUACAGUGGGCAUGGUCUGUUUGUAGACAAAUUAGUUGGAGAUGUACAGCCCUAUGGGGGCACUGUUCAAGCAUCUUAUGGACCUUUUCGUGUUUUCCAGAGUGACUUUUCAAUAUUCAAUAGCACUGAAAUAUAUAACUUGAACAUACAAACUCAUAUUUUAACAAAAACUAUUCAAGCAUAUAGUCCAAGUUUAAACAUGUUUUUUCAUUUGGAUCAUAAACAGUUUAGUAUGUUGCAUGAUUUGGCUGUUUGUGUUGAUCUGCACAUUUUUUACACAAAGGGAGAGAUCCUAUCAUCAUGCAUGCUUAGUAAAUCAACGGGCUGCUGUUUCCUCGACGUCCCAAUACCAAUGGAUUGGUGGCUAGAGAUAUCAGACACUUCAUAUCAAAACUCAAAAAUGCAACUGUCGUACAGUAUAUCAAAAAGUGUCGGAGGUGAAUGCAGGCGAAAAGGUAAUAGCUUGAAAAGUAGAACAAUGUCAACUACGCAGAGAGUAGAGGAAACAAGACAAGCGCCCCCUGUGUAUUUAGGAGAAAUUCCACUUCAACCAUUAGUGGGACAUUAUACUCCAGUUAAUGAUGACAGUAGAAUUAUCAUCAAAGUUCCCGACAACAAAGACGUGAACCCCACUCAUGGAUUUCUCAUCCCCGUUAGCAUUCCUCAAGAUUAUGCAGCAGAUUCAUUUUCUAUCAAAAUUAAACCAAGAAAGGGUUUAAAAGUAAACGAUAUUUAUUUUCACAACAUUGAUUUGCCAUGGCAACACUCCAAUAGUUCAGAUGAAGAGUCCACGACCGUUUCCUUCACAUUGACAACAGCGGAGAGGCUAGAAGCUUUCAACUCACGACCGCCGCUUGAGGUGCCAAUAUUCCUGGUAGAGUUUAAGGUGAUGAAUGAUACCAGUCAUAGUCGUCAUAUCAGCUGGAAGAUAGAUGAAAUGAAAAAUGGUGAAGUGACUUCCACGAAGACAGCUACUAAGAUCAACCUAAGCAGGGGGAAGGUGUUGGCUCUUAUACCAAUUGCAGAGAAAUCUGAAUUGCUGAACACUGCAGUCCUCAACCAUGAACCAGUGAUGGCUGAACUUAAAGUGUUUGCUAUCUCAGAGGACCAUGCGGUAUUGGAUGUCACUAGCCAGUCAGUUUGCUCCUCAGCUGAUGACAACAUAUUGAAGGUUCAACACAACUGUAGCUAUGUGUUCUUAGAUGGUAGUGAAGAUGGAAGCACAUCAGAUGUCAGAAUAACAGCCAGGUUUCAAGGGAAGUCAGUUGAUCUUGGUCUGUGUGUGUGGAUGCCAGAGCAAUUAACCAUCGAGCUCUCCGAUCAGAAACUGAGUCUCAUCAAGGAAUGGAAGGUUCCGUACAGGGGCCUGAGACGGUAUAGACGUUCUCUUACGGAUAACAAGUGCAAGCUUCGUUACCAGCAAGCCACUGUGACAGUCUACACGCGCUUCUACACCAAGCAUGCUAACUCAGGGAGGAAAGUUUACAUGUUUAACAAGGACAUUAGGGAGGAUGUGACCAAUCUACUGACCACUGACCAGAUCACUACCAGUGACCCAAAAGUUGCAACCGUUGACAAUCUUAUUGUGUAUGGCCAUUCCGAUGGCGUUGUCUCUGUUCAGAUUUUGAAAGGCACCAAAUCAAUAGCUCAUAAGGAGUUAACUGUUGGUGGAAGAGAUAAAGUAUCUGUGACCGAUUUGCAUAUCUCCAUGGUGACUGGACUGAGCAUGCAGAGUGUGAAGAAUGUUGAGGAUAAGCGUUUGAAAGCAGUACGUGUGAAGGCUUAUGAUCAGCUCAUUGCUAAAUAUCAGGAAGGAAUUUUGGAUGUUACUUUAGGAUUCAGCGAUGGUGCUAUUCUUCCACUACGCCAUGUCUCAACUGAAGACUACUAUAUAAAAACAGUGAGUCACAAUCGGAACAUUGUGAUGGAAAGGUUGGACGAUAGUAUCCGCGAGGCGCGUGUAAUAGCUAUUGGAGAGGGCGCAACAACUGUGAAUGUAGAGCUUCAGUUACCAAGAAUGUGCCACAAAAAACACAAACCAACUAAUGUAAUCUUGUCAAGAAUUUACCCGGUCAACGUAUCAUUCGCAGCUGAGGAUGUUCAGAACAGUUUGAGAAGAAUCGGAGAGGAGGAAACAUCUAUAAACAAAGCUGCACCAUACCUCACUACAGGUGACAUCUUGCAACAAGGCAGUUCAGUUGAUCUGGGAAUUGUUCAUGUAAACUUUGACCCUAGUACCUAUGAUUUUGGAUUAGAAAAGGUGUCUGAUGGAGAAGGGAAAAAGAAAGAUAAAGUUUUUUCCAUCCCUUUGGACGAGAUUCCUUUUGGUUCAAAAGAUGAUGUAAAUAAUGACCCACAUUAUGACAAUGAUGAAGAGGAAAUGGGCAAUUUAGAUAAUGAAUUAGAGGAUACAGACAAAUCGUCUGCCAUGGAAAUUGGGAUGUAUGUGAUGUUAACUGUGUUUGCUUUAGCUAUUAUCGUGUUCUUACUCAACUGUAUGGUGUACAUGUACAGAAUUGGCCGUAGAAAGAAGGCACCACCUAGUGUCAUUGGAAGCACUUACACCAGUCCAAAUGAGAGCUGGUCGUGGCUUGGUCGACAGGUAGAUUCUGAUGCAGUCUUCAAAAGACACAACGGAGAAGCUUGUGAUUGUGGAGAGGGCAAGUCAGAUGUCCCAAUGACCCAAGUGUACACCGAGAGUGAGGUCAGUGUUGAACACCACAGUACGUCUUGCUCAGAAUCACCAGUUGAAUCCGGCCACCAUGACAUCAGCGAGACAAACAUGGAAGAGGAGGAAGAAGAGAUAAAUGUUGCUGAUGAACCUCCUCCAGUUGACUCGGACCCAGCUGUCAGUGACAGUAAAAAGGAGGAGCCAGAAGAGGUUAUAGAAGCAAGGCCUGCUGAAGAAAAUCCCUUGCUUGAAGACAUUAAAGUGACUGUUAACCCAUUGCCAAAGGAUGCCAUCACGGAGCAUGAAGAACCAAUGGAAUAUAACAAGUUACUUAAACACUUACAGGCACUUCAGGAGGAGAUCCUAGCAUAGUUAAUAAUUUUAGACCCAAAUGCUGAUGUAUAUUUAACAAAUUUUAUUUACAAAUUUUUAAGAAUGUUUAUAAAGGAAGAGUGUCUUUAAUAUCUGUGAACCCCUGUAUUUUUAUGAUCUUUACAAUGUCAUAAUUGCUGUAAUGGUUAAUUGGUUUUUUUUUUUACAUUCAGAAAAAAAAGAUAUAAAAUGAAUUAAAAUAAAUAAAUCCUAACAUUUUAAAGCCAAUCUUUAGCUAAAAAUUAGUCAUCACAGAAAGUAAACUGUUCCUGAGAUGAAUGGUUUUGUGAUGAAUUAUUUCAGUGAAAUGUUAUUUUGAAAUAUAAUCAUUACAUUAAAUUUUAUUUGUCUGAUUUCACUGAAAUUUGUACAGAUUUUCCAAAAUGCCAAGGCUGGCCAGGGGUGCUGUUGUAGCCUGACAUUGCUAAGGAUAAUGUCUUCUGUAUCCACAUAUUUCAUGGAUGAAGAUGAUUCAUAAAAUUUCGAAUUUCAGAUUGUAUAAGUAUGGGUGUUCACAGUUAAAUUGGCUUUGUCUACCAACAUGGUAAUAUUGUUAUGGUGUAGACAGGGUAGUUGGCCAAUCUGUACAUUUGAGUAUUUAUGUCUAGCAGUGAACAGUUACCUUAAUAGCCAAUCCAUUGUUCAUCAUUAUUCUUAUAUUGUUCCUGCUUCAAAUUGUUCAAAUAAAAUAAAAAGCAGGUAAUUUUCAUAGUUUUUAAACAUUUUCUAUCUAAUUUUUAAAAACAUUAUAUAUAUGCUAUUAUUUCUAUUACUUAAUUUUUCAAAGAUAGAUUUUAAACAGUUCUGUUAUGAUAAUUGGUUUUAAUUACUUAAUAAUAUAAUUGGUUUAAUUUUUUUAAUUGGGCAGACGGUCAUGUUUUAUUUAAUUAAUUCUUUAUAACCAAUAAAAUAAUGGUAUUAAAACUUAUUUUUAGGUGGGGUUUUUCUUUUUUGAUGUAGUAGAGCCUACCCAGGUUUAUAUCAUUGUUUUAUGACAAUGAAUGCGCUGUGAAGAUAGCUGGGUAAAGGUUAAGCUUGAUGACAACUGUUUCCAGGGCUGAGGUAGACAAGUUAGGUCACUUCAUCCUAGAAGUUAGCUAAUUAUUGAGUCUACUUUGUGAAUACUAUUUCCAUGUUUCAGUGGUGGCACCAUCACUUAACUAAAACUAGUUGACUUGUCUGUCCCAAAGUGCUGUACAUACACACAUGCAAGCAGUAGAUUUCUCCAUUAAGCAUCACUGUCAUCCUCAUUGUUUUUUUUUCUGGCUGUAAGUGAAGCAGAAUCCACCCAUAAUUUAUUGUACAGUAUUAAGCUUAUAAGCAUUUUGCCCAGAGCCAGUCAGUUUAACUUGGAAUAAGUUCAGAGUUCGUACAGUAGGUAUUCUGCCCAUACAAUUUAGAAUUUAUUUUGCUUUAUCCAUAUUCAACAGCUGCUGACACAAUUUAACUGUAUAAUUCCUGAUAAGGUCCCUUAAUAUUUUUUUUUCCAAUUCUGGACAUAAUCUGCAAAAAAAGAAAAAAAAAAAGAAAUCGAGUAUGGGACACUAAUUGAAUUUUGUAUGGCAUGCAUUAUUAUGCGCUAUAAGAAGUGAGUAACCCAAAUUUAGGGCUUGGAACAAAGGCUAAAACAAGUGUUGUCCACCAGCCUACAGCCCUUUUCUAUUCAGUGGCCACAUCAUCUUAUUAUCUAUUGGCAGUGUUAUUUUACAUGGUGCUUGAAACCUUUAACCUGCAUGUUAAGAAAUAAUAUUUAGGGAUCUAUAUGUUUGCACGCACAAUGUGUCUACUUCAAGCUGAAUCAAUUUAAUUUGUCAUUGCAAUGAAAUAAAAAGAAUGAAAUUAGAUUCUUGAAAAUUAUGACCAUUUGCUAGUCUUAUUAUAACAAAAUUAUUUUCUGAUACAGCAAUAUUAUUAUUCCUUUUGCCAUAUGUUAUAGUGUAUAAUCUUUUGAUUCCAUUUAAUUUGUUUAAUUUAUGUUUGUUGAUAGGAUUUUCUGCAGUUUAAAUCCUACAUUGAAAUUGUGUUGAAAAGUGUUCAUAAAUAAUUCUACAGUAAUACGUUUAGCUGAAACAAAUUAUUUUUCUUGUCACGACAAUGACAGCAAUUAAGCAACUAAUUGGCACAAACUAAUUUAUAUGAUGUCUGUAAUGCUGAUGUUUCUGCCUGGUCAGAGGUCAAACCAUUUCUUGUGCAGAAGGAUGGUAUGAUACCAUUAUUUUUAUUUCUUAUACUCAAGACAAAAUGUUACACAGAUGCUCAUACUAAAAUCACUGAGUCUUCACACAAAUGAAAUACUGUAUAACCUUACUGUCCACAAUUUGACAUAAGCAUGUGACAUGCAGCCUAGACAUCACACCAAAUAUAGGAACAUCAUGAAUAUGGGCAUACAACAGUUUUGUCAAAUAGACAGGCCCCAGGAGCAUGCAAACAGAUUUAUAGUAUAUAUUGUGGGGUGUUAUACUGUAGGCCUCAUGUUUUUCUAAUAAGGUUAUUACAUGGAGUGGAAGCACAUGCAGGGCACAUCUGGUGUAAAAUUUUUGUCCUGUAUUAAUCAGGUAUUGGUGAUUAGCAGCAUAUUCAUUACAUUAAGACAAUUGUGGGAGCGGCUGCAUUUUUGUCUCUUGACCUCGAGGUCGGGGGGUUGAAAUGCACCUAUUAAAGCAAACAAAAACUGGCUGUGCUUUUGCUUGUUCCUUGGACAAGACACUUUACCUACAUUUGUAUAUGUAUAUUUGUAUAAAUGGUUACCUGGUUGAAAUAUACUGGGUGUAUAUGGGACUACCUUUUCCUUACGAAAAUAAAGUAGAAUUUGUGUACGUCAUAAAAAGCAACCAUAGGAUUACUAGCAACAAAUAACCACAACUAAAUCUUAAGCAUGUUGCAUCAAUGUUUGUAAAUUUAUUGUAUAGACCAUAUUAAUAUUGUACAUAAAUAUAUACAUAUAUUAUAUAUAUAUUUGAUUUCUACCAUUGUUCAAGCAUACGCAUGUAGAUUCAAGCACAGUUACCGAUGCCUAAAAUAUUGCCGGAACAAAAAUAAAAUCUUUGUACAGUAAAUCGACAAUCAUUAGUUGCGAAUUGUCACUUGUCAGAAUGCAAUUGAUUAAUAUGUUCAUGGUAUAGAAAGAAAUUUUCAUUAAAUAGUAAAACAAUUUUAUCAUGAUUUGCCAGUA